CGUGAAGUUAAGGCGAAGGAGCGUUUACCAUUGAAUAUGAGUUUAUGACCCCACACAUACAAACCCAUACUUGAUUUAUACCCCUACCACCUCAAUCUACAUCUAAACACACACACAUGAUGUUUCCGGUGCCGGAGUUCGGAGAACCAGUUUCUACACCUCCUAAACUCUCUCUCUUUUCACUACCAACCAAACCAAGUACUCUGCAGGAUGGUCCAACGCCGCCACCCAACACGGUGGCCACCAUCCCAUUCUUGUGGGAGGAAGCACCAGGAAAACCAAGACGACCCACCUCCACCGAUGAUCCACCAAAGUCUAAAACAGUCAGGUCUUUAGACCUCCCUCCAAGGCUAACCACCACCGUGGGUACUGCUACUAGCAACGUAACCAACAGUAGUGGUGGAAUAGAGAUUAUACCAUCACCGACCACCGUAUUGGGUGGACCUUAUGAAUGCGUGUACACUUUUAAUAAAUCAAUGUUGGGGUCGCCGGAGAAGGUGGUGGGUUGUAGUAAUUACAGCGGUAGGAGUAAAGGUAAGAUCACGAUGCCUUUGAGGAAUUUAAUGAGGAAAGAGAAGUCGCCAGUAAAGUUGAUCAGUUCAUGGAGGUGGGAUAGUUUCAGGGAUAUUGGAGUUGACAAAGGGGACAGGUCGCCAGCGGUCAAGUUUUGCUCAUGGAGGUGGGAUAGUUUCAGAGAUAUGGGUGGCGGUGGCAAAAGCGGUGGUAGCAGCUGCAGAAGUGUAGGUGGAAGUGGUUCUCUGUCUUCUUCAUUUGAUGACUUUCAAAAGUCUCUUGAUUCCAAUAGUAAGAUCACAAAAGUUACAAGGAAGAACAGCUUCACGUUCCUCAAUCGUAGUUCUUCUGGGUUUUUGGCAGGCAUGUAUGGGACCUUCAAACAGGCAAUGCAAAGGAAAUCACGAAGAUAAGCCUUUAUAAUUCACAUUAUCAUCAUCAAUAGCAUGAUAUAAUUAAUUAUCAAGAAUGAGUUAUUAUUUGAUGGGUACUUACAUAUAAGUGUGUAGAAGUAUAGGUGCAAGGUUAGUUAUAUAUUAAAAUGCUUGUUAUUUGUGCUCGUAAAUUCUGAUAAACGAUAAACACUAUAAAAAGUUG